UUUGCGCAUAAAAGAUCCGUCACUUACUCGAGGUACAACAAAAAUAUCUCAUUUUAGUCAAAUUCUAACUAAAUUCCACUGCGAUACUAAACCAGCUUUAUCAUACCAGUCUCAACUUCUGAAAGUCAAGUUCAAUGACUAACUAGUACAUAUUUUCAGCAAUUUCACACUCACCCUGUUGACCAUCGAAAUCCUCAGAGGCUUUCGAUGUCUAAAAGUUGAUAAUACUACUAUGAAUAUGGGUUCUUUAGGUAUCGAGUAACAUAAACUGGGAUUAUGUACAUUCCACCUUAUCAAACAAGCAAAAAAAUAAGAAAUAAAUAAAAUCCACCUCCAUGGUUCUUGGAAUUUCUAUGCUGGCUAUAAGUGCAUGCACCACACCAAGACGAUUGAUUGUACAAUUGUGUUCAACAAUAUGUUCAAUCCAGUCCUAUACUGUGUACUUAAUUCCAUAUGACAAAUUAAACUUUGUGGCAUUUUGCAAUUUCAGGUGGUAAAGAAACCCCGAAUGGUCAUGACAUUUCGGUUGAAGCAUCCACCCAAAAAAAUAGGGCUCAUGACAAUUGCAAGGUCAAAAACUUGGGAAAUUUAAUGAAACAAGCAACUAAUAGCAAGCCUAUAUAUACUCCCUUUGUACAAGCAAAUAUAGUAACACUUCCAAUAUUUGGUCUAAAUUUCUUGAAAGAGAAGAAUGGCUCGUCUACUCGGAAUUCUAUCAGUCUUCGUACUGUUAGUGUUAAGGCCAGCCAGGGCUGCUACACCUUCGUGCCCGACUGUCACUGCAAAACUGGCCUCGUGCCUAUCAUACAUAGACGACCAAUCUACACAACCAGCAAGUUCUUGUUGUGCAGGACUGAACGGAAUCCUUGCACAAGCAAAAUCGAAACAAGAUAAAAUAGCCGUCUGCAACUGCAUAAAAUCGGCCUUAGCUAAUCUGGGAAACAAGGUUGAUACUGGUCGGGUUUCUGGUCUUCCUAAGAAAUGUGGGAUGUCUGUUGAUCUGCCUCCAAUUGAUAAAAACUAUGAUUGUUCAAAGAUUUCUUUCUUGGAGUUCUAAGUAUCUCUCACGGGGGCUCGAUUUAUGUUAUAAUCCAAACAAAAUUAUGAGUAGAGAGAUGUUUAACUUACCUUAUGGUGAAAUAAUGACAGCUUAUGUAUGGAUGAUUAAAUCAUCUGCAAAGCCUGUAAUGCACUGAAAUGUUCUGCACCUCCAGUUUCUAGGAGAUUUGUGUAAAAGUAACUCUAAAAUAAAAGGUAUGGCAUAAAAAAGUUAACAGCCAUUUCAGU